GCGUAGUGUGGGUGCGUUUCGUGUGCGUAUGUUCAUGAAUAUUAUGUCUUUGCAUUGUGUUUGUAUGUAUUUCUGACGCCGUUGUGACUUGUCUGUCAUUCCUCUAAAUUUGGAUUUUAUAACUAAAAAUCUUCAAACUGUCGUCUUCAGGCCGGCAGAAUGCUAAAGUUUAUACGUGGGAAGGGCCAGCAGCCCUCUGCAGAGAGGCAGAAACUGCAAAAUGAGCUGUUCGCUUUUCGCAAGACAGUCCAACACGGCUUUCCUCACAGAGCGUCAGCUCUCGCAUGGGACCCUUUACUAAGACUCGCUGCCCUGGGAACCGCUUCCGGUGCCCUCAAAGUAUACGGGCGUCCAGGCGUCGAAUUAUACGGUCAGCACGCGAACCUAGACUCACCUGUCACACAAAUACAUUUUAUACCCGGUACAGGGCGGUUAAUAUCACUAUGCGACGAUAACAGCCUACAUUUAUGGGAGAUAAACGAGAAAUCUCUCGUAGAACUUAAGUCACACGCCUUCGAAGGUAAAAAUAAAAAGAUAUCGUCGAUAUGCGUGGAGUCAUCCGGCAAGAACCUACUACUCGGCACAGAAGGAGGCAACAUCUACACAAUCGACUGCAACGCUUUCACACUAAACGAAGAUGUUAUUUAUCAAGAUGUUGUUAUGCAAAAUUGUCCCGAAGACUUCAAAGUGAAUCCUGGAGCAGUAGAAUCGGUCUGCGAACAUCCUAAAGUACCGAGCCGUAUCCUGAUCGGUUACAAUCGUGGUUUGGUGGUACUCUGGGACAGAGUUGCGGCGGCUCCAACACACACUUUCGUCUCCAACCAGCAAUUAGAAAGCUUAUGUUGGAACGACGAAGGCGAACACUUUACGUCAUCUCACAACGAUGGGUCGUACGUGACGUGGGAGGUGGCGGGCGCGGCGAGUGACAGGCCGCUCAAAGAACCAGUCACGCCCUACGGACCGUACCCAUGCAAGGCUAUCAAUAAGAUCCUCACGAGGACCAGUGUGGACGGAGACGAGAUCACAAUAUACGCAGGAGGCAUGCCCAGAUCGUCAUACUCUGACAAGUACACGGUAACAGUACAACAGGGCGAGAAACAUGUCGCCUUCGAUUUCACAAGCCGAGUGAUCGACUUCUUCACAACUACACCCGUACCGCCCGACGGCGUGCCUCUCCAAGAGACAAGACCGGACACGCCCGCUCAGAUACAAGUGCAGACAGUCAACCAAGUCGCUGCCUGUUUGGUGGUGCUGGCGGAGGAGGAGCUGGUGGUGCUGGACCUGUGCGACGCGCGCUGGCGGCCGCUGCGCCUGCCCUACCUCGUGUCCGUGCACGCGUCCGCCGUCACCACCGCGCACCUCGUCGACAACGUGGCCGACGGCGUCUACGACAACAUCGUGGCGGCCGGUCAACAGCAAACGGAAAACGUGUACUCCGAAGGUCCGUGGCCGAUAUCCGGCGGCAUCGUGGAGGCGGGCGAGAGCUCGGAGCGCCAGGUGCUGCUGACGGGCCACGAGGACGGCUCCGUGCGCUUCUGGGACGUGAGCGGGGUCGUCAUGACGCCGCUCUACAAGUACACCACGGCGCCGCUGUUCAGCGGUGAAGAGAUAGGAGAGAACAACGACAGUCAGAACGAUGAAGAGGAAUGGCCCCCGUUCCGAAGAGUUGGUACUUUUGAUCCAUACAGUGACGAUCCACGACUUGCUGUUAAACGAGUAUUACUUUGUCCGCUGUCCGGCAUGCUGACGAUCGGGGGUGCAGCCGGUCAGAUCGUCAUCGCUAGCUUAAAAACAUCACCUAGCACGGCAGAGGUUAAGUCGAUCCCCGUUAAUAUAGUGUCGGAUCGCGACGGAUUCGUGUGGAAGGGACACGACCAGCUGACAUUACGCUCCGGGUCGCUCACUUUCCCAGCCGGCUAUCAGGCCAGCGCCGUGGGGCAGCUGUCUCCGCCGGCCGCCGUGACGGCGCUGGGCGCGCAGUGGGAGUGGGGCGUGCUGUGCGCGGGCACGGCGCACGGCCUGGCGCUGCUCGACGCGCUGCGCGUCGUGCCGCUCACGCACAAGUGCACGCUCAACCCGCACGAUCACUCGGGCGCCGGGGACACGCCAAUUUCGAGACGAAAAUCUUUCAAGAAAUCCCUGAGAGAGUCAUUCAGACGUUUGCGGAAGGGUCGUUCGCAGAGACGUCAAACUACGACUUCCGCUAGUCCUACUUCGCCGGCACAGCCCACCGCUAAGAAAUCAGUCGAGAAGAUCAGCGAAGUGGACGCGGACGUGAAGCCCAUAGAGCGCGCGGUGGAGGCGCGCUCGACGGACGACGCCUUCGGCUCGAUGGUUCGCUGUCUGUACUUCGCGCGCACUUUCCUAAUCAACACACAAAGCUCGACACCAACUCUAUGGGCGGGUACGAACAACGGAACCGUAUACGCAUUUACGAUAAACGUUCCCAACACGAACAAACGAAAAGAAGAACCGGUGACCUGUCAACUUGCAAAAGAAAUUCAAUUAAAGCACAGAGCACCAGUCAUCGGCAUCACAGUAUUAGACGGAGCCGCUGUACCUCUGCCUGAUCCAUUAGAGGUGGAGCGCGGCGUGGCGGCGCUGCCGGAGGGCGGCGCGCACCGCGUCGUCAUCACGUCGGAGGAGCAGUUCAAGGUGUUCACGCUGCCGGCGCUCAAGCCGCACAACAAGUACAAGCUCACCGCGCACGAGGGCGCUCGGGUGCGUCGCACGGCGUUCGCGUGGUUCUCGUGCACGGGCAGCGGCGGGGAGCGGCACCGCGAGUGGUGCCUGCUGUGCCUCACCAACCUGGGCGACUGCCUCGUGCUGUCGCCAGACCUGCGCCGACAGCUCAACGCGGCCGCCGUGCGCAAAGAGGACAUCAAUGGCAUUUCCAGUCUUUGCUUCUCAAAACGAGGCGAGGCUCUGUAUCUUCACUCGUCAUCAGAACUUCAAAGGAUUACGCUCUCUGCUACUAAGGUUACGAUAGCGCAAUGUCACGUUUUACUAUCACCGUGGGCUGCGGCUCUACGCGGCCCGCCUGAAGAAACCCCUUUGACCAAUGGAGAACAUAAAGAGGAGCCGGCGGUGGAGGCGCACGACGUGACGGCGGCGUCGGCCGACAUCACCGUGGACUCCGUGCGCGACCACGCCGCCGAGGCCGGCGAGCUCAACAUCAACCUGCAGAAUUCACAAGUGAACACGACCUCCAUGGUCGUGAAGACGACGACGAGGACGAUGGUAAAUGAGAACAACACGGACGGCGGCGUCAGCGCCACCACCACCACCACGACCACCAACAACUCCACUAACGAAAACAUCCUAGAGCACAGUCGCGAGGAGGGCGUCAUCACUCGUAUUGAGACGGGCACCGUGACGGUGCCGGCCGGCACCGACCCCAAGCUGAUCCUGGAGAUGUUUGACCGCCAGCGAGCGCCGCUCGCCGUGCCCGUGCCGCCUGCGGAGUCCUAGUCGCCGAACAAUUCCAUUCUAAAUUCAUCAACGAUUUUCAAAUGUUCGUACGAUUCGACCCCAUAAUAUCGAUUAAAUAUUUCGCCGGUCAUAUCGCUCCAAUUCGUUGAUACGAAGAUUUAUGUAUUCGCACCGAAGUCGCGAACUUUAAACGAGUUCGAUCUGAUUUUUCGGUGGUUUCCGUAUCGUAACUUUUACCUGAAUCAUGUUCUAAGUUACGACUACCUAGUCGCAGCUACGAACUUCAUUUGUAUAUAAUUUGAAAAGGAGUAAUCACUGAGAUGAAUAAAUAAAUUAUAUACUGAUUUAGGUAUGAUGGUUUAUGACUCGCGAAAUAUUUAAUAUUUACUAUAAGCAUAUUAGCAAUACCGAAUUUAUCGGUCUGUAUUCCACCGAUCAUUGUGCAUAUCGGCCUUAAUUUAAAUUCGAGUAAAUUAUCAUGAUCGAUGCAUCUAGAUAGCUAGACAAACUGCCGUUGAUAUCAUUGUUAGUUCAAUAUUUUUAGUAAAAUUUUCAUAUUUACAAAUAUUUUUUAAUGAUUGACGCUACAUUAUAAACAUUUCUUAUUGUAUAUCCAAUAAUAUAUCAACUAGAUGCAAUUUCUUACACAUAUUUUGUACAUUUAAUCGAUAACUUGUAAGUAAUAUAAAGUGCAUUUUAUAAUGAAUAGUUAAUUCUUAAUAUCGUCGAGUGCGUAGCGUUUUUAUAAAAUAGUUACAAUUAUAACUUAUGCUGGUGUCUCUAUUGUUAAAAAAAGGUUAAAUUGAAUAUUGGUACUUAAAUAUUUAAUGUCUAUUUUUUUACCAACCAGUUUUAUUUAGUACAAAACGGAAGCCAUAACAGUUUAUUUUAUUUAGCAAUACUGCAAUCAAAUUGUGGAUUAUUGUUAUUAAGAAAUUAUAAAAUUAUUGUGACAACUUAGUUUUUAAGUUGAGUUUCUUUGAAACAUUCUACAUAUGAGAAUGUGAUGUGCUUAUUUAUUUUUUUAUAAACGGAAUUUUAUUUAGACAACUAAUAUUAAAAUAAUUGACAAGUAAUUCAGACUUGAUUAUAGUAAUUUAGUUUUAUACUAAAUAUUCACGGCUAACACCUUACCGUCUAGCCAUUUUAAAAAAAUAAUAGAUUUUUAACUAUAUCAUUUUCUUUCAAAUUGUAUUGUAUAUUCAGUAAAUAAUAUUUUAUUAAAUUAUAAGUGCCGAGUGUGUGAAUGUUAUGCAAUAUUUAGCUGUUGUUUUUUUAUUUUAUUUAAUAAAUAAUACGUAUUUAAAUUAAGUUCUUCUAUGUGUGCAUUUUAAUCACUUAGACAAAAUGGCAGCUGUAUACUUCAAUGCCUUAUCAUAUUUCAUACUGACGGUCGUAUGUAAAUAUAUCUGUAACAGUAUUUUUGGCAUCAUUUUGCAUGCAUUUUGUGAACAAACAUCACAAUUUUAACUACACGAAGGGAUCGAUUAUGUUUUUUAAUUGAUUUUAUUUUAGAUAUAAGUUGAAUGUGCCUGCCUACUUUUUUAAGAGGAUCAUUUUAUUUUAGUGCUGAACAUUAUUGUAAUGUGUGGAAGUGAAACGUCCAGAUUGCUUUGUUUUAUCUAAUGUACAACUCCAUAUUAUUAUGGUACUUUUAAAUUUGAUACGAAAAAUGCGAUUUGUAUUCAAUAUUCUUACAUGAAAUAAAUGCUACAAAUAAGAA